UUCAGUUGCGUGCUUACGUUCGUUGCCAAGAACACGACGCCAGACUUACCGUAGUAGUGCUAACGUGAGAUUGACAUAUAAAAUCAGAGUUCAGUGAAGUGUCAUUCACAAAAAUUAUAUCAAGCAGCGAAUCCGUACAGUCGGUAGUAUGUCUCAAUCAAGGACGUUACUAAACCACUCGUGCAAAUCCUAUUCUGCUAUUUUCUUAUUGACUAUCUGUGCUUUUCUUGCGCAAUGCGUACUUACAACUUCUUCUGAUAAACAAUAUACAGAAGCUGCUCUGCACAAGCACCAUGAGUACAGCCAGUUAGAAAAACGACCGGCGUUUUUUGUGGGCAGCCGGUAUGGGCGUUCCAGCGGCAACACAGCUCCAGCAACUGGGGGCGCUUGGACAUCAAAAACUCGUCGUUUAAUUAUAGUCCCACGAAACGAUCGCUUCUUUCUUGGCUCACGGUACGGAAAGCGAAGUAACGAAUACCUGUCGCCCUAUGAGCAGAGCAGCCUGGGACUAGACUCAAUCAACGCAUCACCGCGUUACUCUACAUCAAGUGACACUAAAGAAAGCAAAACAAGGACUGAGCCCAUACCAACAGAAAUGACAAUGACUACUAUUUCGUGUACUUACACGGGCAUCAGUAAUUUCUACCGAUGCAGCAAUAACAAUUGGUGGGGAUGCUCUCAACACUAUUAUGAACCAUAGUGAAGGAGUCACAUUGGAUUCCAGCAGUGUGGCCUCAGAGGAAUUCAUCACAAAGUAAGAGGCCACUAGGAGGCUUUGCGUAGAAUGAAACAAUGGCGAUGAUGGCACACGAUCUUUUGACAGUUAAAAUUUAUGUUAUACUUAACCUUUUGCAGCUUAUACAUACAUAAUAGCGUAAUUUUAUGUUCAAGUAAGCAGCGCGUAUUAAAUCUUUUCAAGGGGCUGGACAAGCUUUAAUACGCAAUCUUUAAAUUUGUAAAUAUACUUACUUAUAAACAUAUUAUUACUACACGCAUGAAAUGU